AUGGGCAACAAUAGUUCAAAAGCAAGUGCUAAAUCAUCAAUAAUCACGAAUCAUGAAAAUUUACUUUUUAACAAUCAAACAGCAAAUCCAAGUAACCAACGAAAUUUUGAAGAGAACGCUAUUAUUUGGCUUGAUUCUACUAUUAAUUCGAUAAAUGAUAAUAUUAAAAUAAAAACACAAUUACGUCAAACAAUAAAUUAUUUAACAACAUUUAGUGAUAGUGAUGAAUGUGUUGAUUAUUUAACAUCAAUUGAAACAGAAAGAAUUUAUUUUAUUGUAUCCGAUUUAUUAGGUGAAAUAAUUGUUCCUAUUAUUCACGAUUUCAAUCAAGUUGAAUCAAUUUACGUCUAUUGUUCAAACAAGAAUAAAAAUGUUAAAUGGACAAGAACAUAUAACAAAAUACAUGGUGUUUUUUCAGAAAUGAAUUUAAUUUGUGAUUCACUAAAUAAAGAUGUUUUGCAAUGGGCUAAUAAUUUGAUCCCAAUUAGUGUCUUGUCAUCAAAUGCAAAUGAUCGAACAAAUCAACAAGAAGCAUCAUUUAUGUAUUUUCAAUUACUUAUUGAUACUUUACUUGAAAUAAAACAUAAAUCCAUAACCAAAAAACAGUUGAUUGAUGAAUUACGGUUACAAUAUAAAAAUAAUAAUACUGAACUAAUAAAAAUUGAUGAAUUUGAAAAAACUUAUGAUUCAAAUGAAGCAAUAAAAUGGUAUACAAGAGAUUCGUUUUUAUAUAGAAUGUUGAAUAAAGCAUUAAGAACAUAUGAUAUUGAUAUUUUGUAUAAACUAGGAUUUUUCAUUACCGAUCUUUAUAAUCAACUUAAACAAUUAUAUUCAACAGAUAAAUCAGAAACAAAAAUAAUUCAAGUUUAUCGGGGACAAGGUAUACCUAAUGAAGAAUUUGAAAAAUUACAAAAAAAUAUUGGAGGAUUUUUAUCGGUAAAUAAUUUUUUAUCUGCAAGUAUAAAUAAACAAAUUGCUGAAAUAUAUGUACUUCAAGAAAACAAUAUUCAACCAGUGCUUUUUGAAAUAAAUAUUGAAACAACUAAAUGUAAAAGACCAUUUUGUAACAUUAAAAACUUUAGUUAUUUUCAAGAUGAAGAAGAAGUAUUAUUUUCAAUGGCAACUGUGUUUCGAAUUCAAUCUAUUCAAAAAUCAGAUUCAACUAACAUUUGGAAUGUUAAAUUAAUUCUAAAUGGAGAAGAAGAUGAAGAAUUAAAUGUAUUGAAAGAACAUAUGGAAAAUGAUCUUCAUUUUGAUAAACCAAGUAACUUGCAUACAUUAGGAACCAUAAUGCUAGCAAUGGGUGAAUAUGAUAAAGCAAAGCAAUAUUCUCUAAUGUUUAUAGACGAUACUGAACAGGAAAAUGUUUCAUCUAUGAUACAAGUCUAUAUGGAUCUUGGACAAGUCUAUGAUAACCAAGGAGAUUUUGAUGCUGCACUAAUAUAUUAUGAUAAAGCACUUCAAAUUCAACUGAAUUUAUUUCCAUCCAAUCAUCCAUCUUUAGCAGUAUCCUACACUAACAUUGGAUUAGUUUAUUGUAAUAAAAGUGAUUAUGUUCAGGCAUUGAAUUAUUACAAAAAGGCACUCAAUAUUUAUGAAUUAAGUUCAUUCUCAACAAAUUACACAGAGCUGGCUAAAACAUACAACAACAUUAGUAUAGUUUAUAAUAAACUAGGUGAUAAUACUAAUGCAUUGAAAUAUAACGAAAAAUCAUUGGAGAUUAACUUAAAAUCACUUCCAUCCAAUCAUCCAUUACUAGCAGCAUCCUAUAAUAAUAUUGCAACAGUUUAUAAUGAUGCAGGUGAUUAUGCUCAUGCAUUGAAAUAUUACGAACUUUGUCUUCAAAUUUUGUUAAAAUCACUUCCACCAAAUCAUCAUUAUUUUGCAACAACAUAUAGUAGCAUUGGAGAAGUUUAUAGAAAUCUAAAUGAUUAUGCUAGUGCAUUAAAAUAUUACGAAAUGGCUAGAAAAAUUCAAUUAAUUUCACUUCCAUCAAAUCAUUCUGAGUUGGCAAGAACUUAUAACAAUAUUUCUUGUGCUUAUUAUAAUCAAGGUAAUUAUGUUCAAGCAUUAAAAUAUGCUGAAAUGUGCCUUGAAAUUCAGCGAAAAUCGUUACCAUCAAGUCAUCCUGAACUGGCAAGAACAUAUAACAAUAUUGGAGUAGUUUAUAAAGAUCAAGGUGAUUAUAAGAAAGCGUUAAAAUAUCAUCAAAUGUGUCUUGAAAUUCAGCUAACAUCACUACCAUCAAAACAUUCUGAGUUAGCAGCAUCAUAUAAUAAUAUUGGUCUGUUAUUCGCUACAGUAGGUAAUUAUACUAAAGCAUUAAAGCACUUGGAAAGUGCAGUUAAUAUACUAAUUUCACUUCCAUUAAAUAACCAUCAUCACUUAGCAAAAACAUAUAAUAACAUUGGUGCUAUCUAUAUUGCAAUACGUGAUUGUGAUAAAGCAUUAAAAUAUUUGGAAAAAGCACUUAACAUUCAAUUGAUUUCACUUCCAUUAAAUAACUUUGAAUUGGUAAACACGUAUGCUGGCAUUGCAGCAGUUUACCUUUAUCAAAAGAAUUACAGAAAUGCACUACAAAACUUACAGAAAGCACUUAGUUGUUGCCCAAAUACAUUACCACAUAAUCAUCCCAUUAUUCUUCAAAUUAAUGCUGGAAUAGAGACAUGUUUACAUUUACAUUCACGUAGCCAAGAGGACAAUUGUCCCAUACUUUGA